GGGGGCGGUUCCGGUGCCCGUCGUGCCGCCACGAGGUGGUGCUGGACCGGCACGGGGUGUACGGGCUGCAGCGGAACCUGCUGGUGGAGAACAUCAUCGACAUCUACAAGCAGGAGUCGGCGCGCCCCUUGCACGCGAAGGCGGAGCAGCAGCUGAUGUGCGAGGAGCACGAGGACGAGCGCAUCAACAUCUACUGCCUGCGCUGCGAGGCGCCCACCUGCUCGCUCUGCAAGGUGUUCGGUGCGCACAAGGACUGCGAGGUCGCCCCGCUGCCCGCCGUGUACCAACGCCAGAAGAGCGAGCUGAGCGAUGGCAUCGCCAUGCUGGUGGCGGGGAACGACCGCAUCCAGGCCAUCAUCACGCAGAUGGAGGAGAUCUGCCGCACCAUCGAGGAGAACGGCCGCCGGCAGAAGCAGCACGUGGGGCUGCGCUUCGACUCGCUCUGCAGCAUCCUGGAGGAGCGCAAGAAGGAGCUGCUGCAGAGCGUCGCCCGCGAGCAGGAGGCGAAGGUGCAGCGCGUGCGCGGCCUCAUCCGGCAGUACGGGGACCACCUGGAGGCCUCCUCCAAGCUGGUGGAGACGGCCAUCCAGGCCAUGGAAGAGCCCCAGAUGGCCGUGUACCUGCAGCACUCCAAGGAGCUCCUGAAGAAGAUCACGGACAUGUCCAAGGUGUCGAUGAGCAGCCGCCCCGAGCCCGGCUAUGAGAGCAUGGACCACUUCUCCAUCAACGUGGACCACGUGGCCGAGAUGCUGCGCACCAUCGACUUCCAGCCAGAAGCGCUGGGUGAGGACGAUGGGGACGGACCCACAGACAGCAGUGAGGGUGUGGGGGAUGAGGAGAGCCUGGAGGCACCUGAGGCCACUGAGGAGGUGGGGCCGAGGCAGAAGCCAUUGAGCUCUCCCCAUGGUCAGCACUGAGCCGGACUCGGCGCAGCAUUGGCACCAGCAAACCCUACAGCCCUACAACUGCUGCGAAGUCCCACAUGGUGGGGCUGCCCCCAGCCCUCAAUAAACCAAGUGCAAGGACA